AUGGCGCGGAAGGCGGCCCCCUCGCGGGAAGCUCCCGCUGGCGGCGAUGUGUGCAGCCCGUGUGCGGCACGGCGGCAGAGGCGCCGAGCUGGCCAGGCGUGGGCCCGUUGGUCGGGGGACGUGCUCGUUCACGACCUGCAGCGGGCGGUGCGCUUGUGGCGGAGCCGCUACGAGAAGUUGGUGAAGUCGCUGGAGGACCCCGGCACGGCGGAACGCCUGGCGGUGGUGGCGGUGCACCUGAAGGACAUGGUGCACGGCAAGACCAUCGAGUCGCCCGUUGACACGCUGCGGAGGCACGUUGCGCUCCACGCGGCGUCGGACGGCGUGCUCGCUACGUCGAGCCCAGAAGUGGCCCAAGCUUGCGGGGUAAACAUCCCCAGCUCGGGCAGACCUGCUGAGGGCGGCGCCGCGCCCGCGCGGAAAUUGGCCGAGUCCCCGCCCGACACGGCCAUCCCCCGCGCGGGCGCGGGCGUGGCUUCCGCGGAAGCUGCCAGGGCCGCCGGGGCCGACGCGGUGCACGACGGCGAGAUCGGGACGGAGCUGGACGGCCACGACCCCCUGCUAGCGGUGCCGCCAUUCCCCUUGCUCGUUAAGGAGCUCAGCGAUCAUGGCACGAUCGCGACGCACGAGCUCGCGGUGAAGCAGGGCGUGGCUGGCAUGCAGUGGCAGUUGCGAGAAGGAGCUGGUGGUGAAGCGGAGCCCACACGUGAUCAGCGACAGCUCGGAAAUCAGCGCGGCACCAAAAUGGCGAUGUCAAACGCCUGUGCUGAGAUCGCCACGGAGUGGCUGGCGGGCGGCCCCCAUAGCAGGCGGCCCGAGGAGGCGCUCGUGGGCACGAUCGAGCACGAGGAGGAGCACGGCGUGGAGGCGAUGCACAAGGGGCAACUCCUGGCGGCGGCGGCGGCGGCUGCGGAGGCGGACAACGACUCCGCCACGCAACCUCCUCUGCCAACUUGCGUGGUGGACUUCUGGGAGCGCCUGGAGAAUGCCACGAAGGGCAUCGAGACCACCAUGAAGUGGGAUGGUACCCGCGCGGCCAAGCGCGGCAUGACCAUGUACCAAAUCUCACAACUGGAGGCCAUCUACGGGGAGGCCAAGCGGGUGUUGGACGGCUCCGACGACGGGGACGACGAUGAGGCCGAGCUGGAGCGCUUCGAGGUUCAGAAAGCGCUCGAGUCUGCUUGGCUGCACAUCGACACGCUGGAGAGCGAGGGGCCUGUCCAGGCGCCGCCGUGGGGCUGGCGCAUCGCUGCCAUUUCACAUCGCAGUUCGGGGUGCGUCUGCAUGGAAACCCUGGGGAGGGGGCCCGACGACCCCUAG